AUGGAGAAGUUAAAUUUUGAUAUGUCGUUAUUUUGGCGUCUAGAAAAUUUCGCGAACUUAAACGACUGCGUUGCUGUGGAGAAGGACGAUCAAUUCCGCUCCUUCUGCGAAGAAAUCACGCGAUUUGAAGACGGCAGAUAUUGCACGCCAAUACCAUGGACAACUGACAGAUGGAGACUGGAAAUCAACCACCAGAUGGCAGCAGUAAGACUGAGAAGCAUGCUGCACAAGCUCCGAAAAUCUCCAGUCGACUUGGCCAACUACACAAAAGAAAUCGAACAACUCAUAGCAAACGGAUUUGUAGAAGAGGCUGAUUUCAAUUACGAUGGCCUCCACACUUAUCUACCGCAUCAUCCAGUCUACCGAACAGACAAGGCCACCACAAAAAUCCGACCAGUUUUCGACGGCGCCGCAAGAUCCAAAUAUGGACCGAGCCUCAACGAUGUUCUGGAGACCGGACCAAAUCUUAAUCCUGAUCUCCUCUCGGUCUUAAUGCGCUUCCGGAUGAACCGGAUCGCCUGGAUUGCGGAUAUCGAAAAGGCCUUUCUCAACAUCGCGCUGCAGCCCGAAGACGCUGAAGCUGUCAGAUUUUUAUGGCCAAGAAAACCGGAAGAACCCAACUCCGAUUUCAUCGCGUACAAAUGGAAAAGAGUUCCAUUUGGGCUAAGCUCAAGUCCAUUCCUUUUAAGAGUCACUAUUAACAAACAUUUGCUCUCAGUCAAAUCUAGAUUUUCUACGACAGUCGAGCAGAUAGAAGAGCAGCUUUACGUAGACGACUACCUCGGAGGAGCAGACGACGUGCCAACAGCCAUAACUACGGUAGAAGAAACCGUCACGUUAUUCUCAGAGGCCCAACUCAACAUGAGGAGCUGGGCAACAAACAACAAGCAGCUCCGUGACUUUCUCACCGAUAAAGAAAUGUCGGACCAGAUUGUCGGAAUUCUUUCACCCACAAUAGACGGCCAGCAAAAGGCACUGGGUCUUAGAUGGGACACGAGCUCCGAUUCAUUUAAAUUUGACCCUACAUCUAUAAUGGAAGCAGCCGUGCAGAUAGGAGAAAAAAUCACCAAAAGAAAAAUUCUGAGCAUAUCAGCAAGGAUAUUCGACCCAAUUGGUUUCCUAGCUCCUACAGUCCUACUUUUAAAAAUAAUUUAUCAAAAACUUUGGGAAGGAGACAUAGGUUGGGACGAUGACGCCACACCCGAAGUGAAGAACACCUGGAGCAGCAUCAUGAAAGGCCUGAAGGAUCUACAUCAUUUGGAGAUCCCACGAUGGAUUGGAUAUUCAAAAACUUCCAUCGUCUCCGCAGAAAUUCACGUGUUCGGCGAUGCAUCAGAAGCAGCAUACGGAGCAGUAGCCUACGCACGGCUCCGACUGGAGAACGGAAUUCCCUACACCAUCCUCCUUGCAAGCAAAACCAGAGUGGCACCUCUCCCAAAAAAGAAAGUAACGUUACCCAGACUCGAACUACUAAGCUCUUUGUUAGCAAUUCGUUUAGGAGAGAAAAUCCGAACCUCCCUUCACACCGAGUCAUGGAAAACGACUUACUGGACAGACUCCCUCGUCACACUUGGAUGGAUACGAGGAGAUCCUUAUCGUUGGAGACCGUUCGUGCGAAACCAGGUGGAAACCAUCAGAAAAUUUUCCAACGCGGAUUGGUGGAGACAUUGCCCCGGAUUGGAGAAUCCAGCCGAUCUCGCUUCGCGGGGAGCGCCAGCGCAUGCGCUGGUGGAAUCGAAACUUUGGUGGCACGGACCAGCCUGGCUGACAGAAGGAGAAAGCGAAUGGCCGAAUUCUCCAGAAAACCACUCCACCGAAACUCAAGAGAAAAUCGAGGAAGAGGAGACAAAGAAAACGGCAACUGUCUCCUUUGCAGCAGUCGAAACAGCCCAGCCGAUUGAAUGGUACCUCGACAAAACCUCUACAUGGACAAAACUACUUUUCAGAACAGCCUGGGUCCUCAGAGCACUCAACCGUAUGAAGAAAAGAACGCGCGACCCAGGACUUGAACUAAAAGAAGUCAUUAAAGUCGCCGGAAAAGAAAUAACGAUCGACAAGCUUUUCGGACACUCCGGCUCGGACUGCAGAUUCACCCAAAGGAGAAAAUCGCAUCGCUCCGACCGGUCUGGGACAAUCGAGAUCGACUCAUCCGAGUCACUGGAAGAGUGGCGCUCGCCCUCAGGGAUCGAGACAUUCAACCACCGAUCCUUCUCCCAGCAAACCAUCCUGUUGUAA